CGAGCAAACACCAGUCUACAGACAUCUCCCAAUACUGCACCACCCACCGUCCACAUCGCCAUCUUCAUGUCGCAUUCGCUGCUCCAACUUCGACGCCCUCUAGACACGUAAGCGUGUGCAUGGCUGGCGACAACAGCCACCUUUGCAGCCUCUGAUGGUCUCAUACCUCUUUGCGACGUCGCAGUCGCCAGUCCCCUCCGCAAUAUUUGCGGCCGUCGCGCUACUUGUCAUCUCAGUCGGAGUUCUCCUGCUCUUGCGCCGAUAUCUCACCCUCCGAGCCACGCCGGCAUACCUUCUCGUACCAGUUUUCUUCGCGCUAUGGCUCCCGGCCGUCAUCGGGCUCCUGGUCCCUAUCGACCUUGCAUCGAAUGCGCCUCCGGAAGAUGAAGGCGCUAAGGGCAUCUGGCUACCUGACCGUGCGCUGGUGGUGUCGUGGAGAAUAUCGUACUGGCUGACCUUUGUCCUGACAUGGUUCAUCCUACCGAUCCUCGCCGAAUAUUCCGAUGCAGGCUACCGCGAGCCCAAGGACCGCCUCUUGUACUCUCUCCGGUCAAAUGCGCAAUACUAUGUUAUCGUGCUUUCAGUCGGCGCGAUCGGUCUUGCGUACUUUAUUUGGUCGUACGGGUUCGAGUUCGAGUCCUUCAAGGGUGUCGUCAUGGCACUAUCCUACUGCUGGGGACUGAUUCUCGCCAUUUACCUCAUGGGCCACGGGCUCGUGUCGAUUCCUCGCGGCUUGAUCCGCAAUUCCAGCAUCAGCGGCCGGCUGCGACGCCUCCAGGCGCACGCUCCGAAACUGUACGAGAAGAUGGAAGAUGCUAUCCUAAACCUCGAAGAGCUGGAAGUGCAGGUGUCCGAAUUGAGCAAACGCAAGAUGGGAAGCGCAAGGGACCACCUCGACUGGAUCGAAGAGCUCGCCGAAAUGUGCAAUAUUCCCGAGUCUCGCCCACGCACUGGCCUUCCUAAUACUCACCGUGAGAGCCGCGUGGUGCCGGCAGUCAUUACGGAGAAAUACUUGGCAGACCUGACGCGUCAAGUUGAUCGCGCCAAACAUGCAAAGUCAAGAUAUGUGGAUGACUGGAAUAGACUGCUUGCUGAGGCCUCGGAGACGCAGGCCAUACUGGACUCGGCAGGCUCAAAGCGACUUGAUUUCGGAACCACGUCUGCAGCAUCCUCAUGGCUACAGCGGACCACUAUACUGACACCAUAUAGCCGGUUCCUCCUCCAUUACUACUUCCUGCCAUACGCCCGUAUCACGCUGGGUGUCCUGCUCGGGCUUGCGUCAGCCUGCAUUAUUUGGUCGGAGCUCAUCAAAGGCGUACUGCCGUCUCUGUCCAUCAUCCGACUGACGGUUGUCCACCACCUUACGGAGGAAGGCGGACGUGUCAACUUUGGCGGCCAACUGAGUGCGGCACUCUGGAUCUUGUACAUGUGCCUGGCAGCCCUUGCGUCGGUGACCGAAGUCAAAGUGUGGCGUGGCCGAGCACUCGUCUACCGCAACACAGCGCAUGAGUCGGCCUUUUGGUAUGCCAGCCAGGUUGCCAAACUCAGUGUGCCGCUGUCAUACAAUUUCGUCACGUUCUUGUCGAAGACCAUCUACGAGAAGACCCGGUUCUACCAUUUUCUUGGACAAUACGUUAAUCUCACGCCACUGGGAAAGUGGUUCGACUACCUCUUCCCAAUCUUGGUCCUCUUCCCGGUGUUUGCGACCCUCUUUGGAUUGUAUGGGAAGAUUAGAAGGAUGUUUGGAUUCGGCUUCAACGUCGUCGAGGAUGACGAGGAGGAAAAUCCGACGGGCUACGGCACCGGGUCUUGGAGAGAAGGCCGAGAUCUGAUUGAGCGGGAGCUGAACGGCACAUCAAUCUCAAGACGUCUAGAUCAGGCCGCCGCGCGGGGAGGCGCGCGAGGCCGGCCCAUCUUGUCUGUUCCUCCUCCGAGGAGCCAGGGCACCACCACCCCAUUCGCGACAUCUCCUUCAUACAGGGACGACCCGACACGGAGCACGGUCGGACCAUCUUCGAGAUCUACAGCAGCGCCACCAGACGGCGAUGACGACAAUUUCUUUACAAACCUCGGCCACCGAUUCAAGAACACGAUUGACACGAUUGACACGCCCAAAUGGUUCCAAGAAAUUGGAGACGGCAUCAAGAAGCCGAAAUGGCUCGGAGGCAAUGAUGAUGAUGCUGCCGAGGGAAGCAGCAGUAGCCGGCCCUCAGGCAGUAACAGGAACAACUCGGACCUGCGGAGUUGGUUUGGUGGCGACGGACGGGUACGAAUCUGAGGAUAGACGUUGGACAUGAGCAAGCAAUCAUAUUAUCAUAGAAUGCCGAAAGCAAUAGUAACAGUAAUACCAUAAUUCAUGCAACUAC